AAUUUGGCUAGCUACCACGAUGAAGAUUGACACAAUUGUGGAGAACUGUAUUUGCACUCUGAGGAACCUGUCGUAUCGCCUGGAGCUGGAGAUGCCCCCGUCAAGGUUUCAGGGAGCCCAGGAGCUGGACGGUCUACUGGGCAGUGAGUCUCCCAGUAAGGACGUGGAAUCCAGCUGCUGGGGCCGGAAGAAGAAGAAGAAGAAGAAGAAAAAGGGCUCCCAGGAAGAGCAGUGGGAUGGAGUGGGCCCCAUCCCUGGCUUCUCCAAGUCCCCCAAGGGGGCGGAGAUGCUGUGGCACCCAGCCGUGGUGAAGCCCUACCUGACCAUGCUGGCCGAGAGCUCCAACCCUGCCACUCUGGAGGGCUCAGCGGGCUCCUUACAGAACCUGUCUGCUGGGAACUGGAAGUUUGCGGCGUACAUCCGUGCGGCGGUGCGCAAGGAGAAGGGUCUGCCCAUCCUGGUGGAGCUGCUGAGGAUGGACAACGACAGGGUGGUCUGCUCUGUGGCCACCGCCCUGAGGAACAUGGCCCUGGACGUCAGGAACAAGGAGCUCAUAGGGAAGUAUGCGAUGAGGGACCUGGUGAACCGUCUCCCUGGGGGCGACACCACCCUGCUCUCUGACGAGACGGUGGCGGCCAUCUGCUGCACCCUGCACGAGGUCACCAGCAAGAACAUGGAGAACGCCAAGGCACUGGCCGACACGGGCGGCAUCGAAAAGCUGUUCAACAUCACCAAGGGCAGGGGAGAGAGGUACUCCAUGAAGGUGGUGAAAGCUGCCGCUCAGGUCCUCAACACACUCUGGCAGUACAGAGACCUGAGAACUAUCUAUAAGAAGGACGGAUGGAACCAACACCACUUCGUUACGCCCGUGUCUACUCUAGAGCGCGACAGAUUCAAGUCUCAGCCCACCCUCCUUACCAGCACCAUACAGAUGUCACCGGUCAACCAGUCAGCUGGCAGUACAACCUCCUCUCCUGCAAUGCUGGGAAUCAAAGAACACCGUUCUGAUUAUCACAGGGCACAGUCAACUAUGCAAUUUUAUAAAAACCAAGGGGACAACAAUGUACAUAAAUACCAAUAUACAGGGUCUGGAAAGCCGUCACCAUAUUAUGUCGGGUCCUACUCCUCACCGACAAGAGAGGACCCCAGAAGAGCACAGCAGCAGAUGUACUACACUGAGGAGCCGAGCAGGCGGAACUACGACACCUACAGAAUGUACCUGCAGUCUCCACACGGCUACGAUGACCCCUACGUGGAGGAAGUGGUCAGCUUCCCCCCCACAGCAGACUACAGCUCUAAGUCGCACGGUCACGGACUCAAAUCCACCACGAAUUACGUGGACUUUUACUCCACCACCCGGAGGCCUUCCUACAGGGCGGAUCAGUACCCAGGUUCGCCAGAUUCCUGGGUAUAGGGAAUCCAUCUUGGAAUCCCCGACAGAUGAACUCUUCCAUGAACUUUUACUUGUGUGUUUGUUUUUGAAAAUGUGGAUCUGAAUGUGGAGAUCGACGCGAUGGCAGAUGGAGAAAUGGAAUGUUAACCAAAGAAAGAAGGAAACCAAGGAAUGUGUUUUUUUUUUUUUUUAAAGAAGAGCAGUGGUUGUGUUCAGGGCGGGCGGCACUGGACAUUAUCGUGAGUGGUGUCCUGCUCUGUCUAGAUGUUACUUUUUCUUUUGGAAACUUGUAGCUGUGGUAGCAUGGUGAAGGUGUGGGUUAUGUGACGAAAGGUUUGCGGUAAAGAGUCAGAAGGGGGAAUGUGUAUGUUCGUAGGCAAAAAUGGAUCAUGAACUCAUAUCUGUAAAAAAAAAAGUGUGUUGUAACCUAAAGAUGUUAGUUUGUACAGAGGGAUCAAAUUGUAUUUGUUCUUAAUGUUGAGAUUGUGUAUGCCAUGGAGUCUUGUACAUUUCCUUCAUUUUAUUGUAAAUACAGAAAAAAUGCCACCUGGUUUACAUUCAUCAGCACUGGUAAAAGAGGUGUGCCAUGUCAAAUCUAUAUUAUAGAUCUAUAAAUAUAUGAAGAAAUAAAGGGAUGAGGGAAAAGAUGGCAUCAUAACACAAACAUGCAACGAUAAUAAAAGUUCACUUUUGUUUUUUAAA